AUGUCUUCUAACAACAGCCAUGACGAGGUGACAGUACAACUGAGUGGUGGUGGUCCAACAACAACAACAACAAUGAACAACAAUCACCAUUCUAAUUCUUCCAUCACGACGAUGAUGAUGAAAUCCACUCAUUCCAAACCAAAUGCUACACAUUGUGUGUCAGAUCAUCAACAACAACAUCCACAACAAUUAUCAAAAUAUUUCGAUGGAACUUAUUCCGUGUCAUCACACCAUCCAACAAUCAUGAAUGGAAUGAAUAACAACAAUUCUUCUCAUGGAUUUCCUCCAUCCUCGUAUUAUGCCUCUGUCAUGAUGAUGAAUGUCACACCAUCACAACCAUCCAUGAUGGGAAGUGUUUACAAUAUGAUGAUGAUGAAUCAUAAUACUCCACAACAACAACAACUACUUGGUGAUCAACAAGUCUCUAAAAAUCGAACCAAUAGCUAUCUAAAUCACAAUAAUUCUAACUUGAUUUAUUCUUCCUCUCAUCCUUCAAGUUCUUCUAACUUGCAUUCAAACUGCUCCUCCUCUUGUUAUGAUCAUCCCAACAACAACAACAACCACACACAACACCCUCUCACCACUCAUCAGCAGCACUUGCAAGAACAACACACACCUAUGGUACCAUACAACUCACAGAAUCAUGUUUCUACUAACCAUGGUGGUACUGCUACUACUCAUAAGAUCAACAAUAACACAAACCCUACAAAACAACAACCUCAACCUCAACCACCACCACCACCACCUCAACACAAACUAUUACAACAAACCAAAUCUUCUGAAUCUUGUCUCUUCACCUCCUGCACUACUACUACUACUUCAACCACCUCAACCACCACCCUUCCAAAACAAAUGGUUCAAAACUUUGAAUUUGAUACUCCAGCCUCACGUUACAAAGUCACAGAUAUCAUUGGCAAUGGAACGUAUGGUGUAGUGGCCAUUGCAAUGGAACAAGAAACUCAAACUCAAGUGGCUCUCAAAAAGAAUAUUCGAGUCUUUCCAAAUCGAGAACACACCACAAGCUCUGAUAAAUAUGCUGCUUUUAAUAACAGUGGUAAACUCCAUCAAUUGAGAAUGUUGAGAGAACUCAAAAUACUUCAUCAUAUGAGACAGUGUCCAUAUAUUGUAUCAUUGAGAGAUGUACAUGUACCAACCAGUAUGGAUCAAUUAGAAGAUAUUGAAAUGGUCACUUCACUCAUGGAGGCUGAUUUACGUGAUAUAUUUGAUAGUGGACAAUAUUUAUCUCCCAAACAUAUCAAAUGGUUCAUGUACCAAAUUGUACUUUCUGUGUAUUACAUGCAAAAGGCUCACAUUCUCCAUCGAGAUUUGAAACCUGAAAAUGUGUUGCUGAAUUCUCAGUGCGAUGUUUCCAUUUGUGAUUUUGGUUUGGCGAGAGGAUUUUACAACUCGCGAAAGCACCGCUCGAAUUCGAACUUGAACUUGGCUUCAACUCCCAACAACAGUUCAACUGGUACCGGUAGCAGUGGUGGUAUCUUUACUAGUGUUGUUGUUGGUCAUAACAAUCCUACUACUACUACUACUACUAGUAGUAUCAUCACUUCAACCACCACCUCAACAACAACAGAUCCCAUUCUUCUCAUGGAGAAUAACACUCGACUCUCUUCCAAUUAUGUCGUUUCGAGAUGGUAUCGACCUCCUGAACUCCUCACCAAUGCUCCACACAUUUACAACAAGACUCUCGACAUGUGGAGUGUGGGUUGUAUCAUGUAUGAACUCUUAUCAGGCACUGGUGAAGUUCUUUUCAAAGGUACUGGUUCUGUCGAUCAAAUCAAGAGAAUUGUCAAACAAUUAGGAACACCCAAUCUAGAAGAUUUCAAUGGAUCUGACUCUGCUCGUGAUUUUGUGUUCAACAAACUUCCAUUCUAUCGUCGAAGAUCAUUUACAAAGAGAUUACCAGCCAAUACUUGUCCAAUGGCCAUUGAUCUCAUGAAGAGAAUGCUUGUAUUCAACAUGUAUAAGAGAAUUACUCCUGAGGAAGCACUCAUGCAUCCAUACUUUAGAGAAUUCUAUGAUGUCAAUGAUUUGAAUUUGUGUAGUGAUAUGAAACCCUUUGAUACGGCAUGGGAAGAUGACAUGCUGACCAGUGAAGACUUGAAAAGAGAGGCCUAUCACACUCUUUGUGAGAUUAAGAGACAAAUCUUGUUCGAGCAAGUGCAUCAGCAGCAGCAGCAUGCUCAUCAUGAUGUCCCUCACCAGCAACAAGAAGAAGAAGAAGAGGAUGGAUCGCAUCAACAGGAACAACAACAACUCCUCAACAAUCAGCAGCAGCAUCAUGGUGGUGCUUCUCCUCCUCAGGAUCAUCUCUGUCACGAGAAUGAUAAAGACAUGGAUGAUCAUCAUGAAUUUGAUCCUCACUCUCAUCCAUUCCUUAUUGAAUAUUCAAAAGAGUCAUUGUCCUCAUUAUCAUCAUUGCCACAGAAUACGGAGCAUCCAACAUCCAAUAAUGCAUUUGAAAAGUUUUCUUAUCCAACAACACCCUCCAUCCACGAUACAAUCAUGAUGAUGGAUGGUGGUACAAGUAAUGAUGGAGGAUUCAACAACCAUGGUGAUGCUGCUGUGAAUAAUCAAAAUUUCAACAAUCAUAACACCAUGAUGACCACCACCACCACCACCACCACCACUCCUACGACCACUCCUCCAGGCAACAACAACAAUCAUUAUAAUACCACCAUGUAUUGCAAUGCAAUUAAUGAUGGCCAAUUAUCAUCUUCAAGAUUGACUACUAAUCAACCUGACUUUUCUGUCAAAUUUAAUCUCUUUUCAAAUUCUACUCUCAAUGCGAUGAGUGGACUUGGUAGUGAGAACAAUGAUGAUCACGAUAUUCACAUGAAUGAUAUGAUGACAUUCUCAAGUCCUUCUGUGGCAUUGGAUGCCAUUUCCUCACUGACAACCUCAACAACUACUUAUCGAUUCAAUACAGCAGCAUCAACUACUCAACAUUCAAUAAGUGGUGGUAAACCCAAUGGUGGUGUUUCCUCUAAACAUUCCAUUCACCGUGGUGAUGAAUUAAUUGAGAACUCUUGUGCAACAUUCUCGCCGCCUACUGUUGUGAAUAUUUCUUAUCAGACCACUCGAGUGUGA